AUGUCAGGUUUUAAACCACAAAAUAAUUAUUCGGAAGGAUACGGUAAAAGAGGAAGAAGCCAAAAGAGAAGUAUCAAGAAGUCGAGCGGUGCUAAGAGAUUUAAAACAGAAGAUACCCGGAUUGUAAAAGAAACAAUUGAAGAUGAAAGUUCAGAUGAAGAUGUUUCAAAUACUUCUAUUGAUAAGGAAGCAGAAGUCACAGAAGAUCUAGAAAAGAAAAAACAGGUUUACGAUGCCCUUGUGACAAUUUUAAAAAGUGAGCACAAAGAACCAAAAAUGAGAGAUAAUCUCAACGAAACUUCUAAAGAAGAGCAUUUAACUGAUGAAGAUUUGGAUGAGGAUGAAAAAUUUGAAACAGAAGAACAAGAAAUCGAAAACAACCUAUUGUCAAUAAAAGAUGAUGAAGAAGAAGGGGAAAAUAACGACGAUAAUGCAGGAGAAAGUGAUGAUGAAAGUGAUAAUAAGUCUGAUCCUUUUGACUCACACUUUAAUCAGCCAACUGAGCAAUUUACCAAUAAAUUUGCAGAUGCUUUUAAAAAUAAACAAAUUAAAUACCGUUCUAUAAAGUACAAAAUUAAUGAGUAUGAAUCAAGUAUCUAUUCAGAACCACGAAUUCUUGAAGAUGAACAAACAAAAGUUAAAUCACCUGUUUUAAAAUCCAGUAUUCACUCUUACGCUUUAAAAAAAAGAUUAAAGAUUAAUAAUGACUUGUUAGAUCCUGCAGUUAACAAUUUAACAACUAUUCAAAAAGAACUAGUCGAUCCAAUGUUUCAAUAUAAAGAUAUUCUUUAUGAAUAUGGCAAUUAUGGGAAAGAUGAAGAAGAAUAUAGAAGCUUGUACUGCUUACAUGUUUUGAAUCACAUAUAUAAAACUAGAGACCGUAUUCUAAAAAAUAAUUCAAAAGUGCAAGACAAUCCAGAUGCUGAAUUUCUUGAUCAAGGUUUCACUAGACCUAAAGUUCUAAUUGUUGCCCCAACUAGAGAUGCAGGUUAUUCUAUUGUGAAUGAAAUUAUAAAGAAAUCUGGUAUUGAUCAAAUUGAUAAAAAAAGCAAGUUCAGAGAUCAAUUUUAUGAAGAAUCUUUGCUUCCAGCAUCCAAACCAAAGUCUUUCCAAGCUGUUUUUAAGGGGAACUCUAAUGAUUAUUUUGUUUUAGGUAUAAAAUUUACCAGAAAGGCUAUUAAAUUGUAUAGUAAUUUCUAUCAGUCAGAUAUUAUUGUUUGUUCUCCCUUGGGUUUACAUAUGAUACUUGAAAAUACUGACAAAAAGAAGAGACAAGAUGAUUUCUUAUCUUCCAUUGAGCUUAUGAUCAUUGAUCAAUUACAUUCCAUGGAAUUUCAAAAUAUUUCACAUGUUACCAGUAUAUUUGAACAUAUUAAUAAGAUUCCAAAAGAACAACAUGAUACCGAUUUUAGCAGAAUUAAAAUGUGGUAUAUCAAUGAUCAAGCAAAGUUAUUUAGACAAACAAUGAUCUUCACAAAGUAUAUUUCGCCUUCAGCAAAUUUCUUUUUGAAUGGGAAGUGUCAGAAUUGGUCAGGAAGAUGGAAGAAUCAUAAAAUGAUCACACCUAAUGAAUCUAGUAUUGGUCAGUUAGGUUUAAGAGUGAAGCAAAUGUUCCACAGAUUUGAUAUUAUAGGCGGCUCUAUUGUAGAUGAACCCGAUUAUCGUUUUAAAUAUUUUACCAGUGUUAUUGUUCAAAGUAUAACUAAAUCUACAAGUUAUGAGGAUGGUAUGUUGAUAUACAUUACAGAUUAUACAGACUAUGUUAGAGUCAGAAAUUAUUUAAAGGAAAAGACGACUAUACUAUUUGGUGAUAUUAAUGAAUAUUCGGAUCAAAAGCAAGUUAACUCUAAUAGAGCAUUAUUCCAACAACGGCGUGUUAAAGUUCUUUUGUACACCGAAAGAUUGCAUCAUUUUAGACGUUAUGAAAUUAAAGGGGUAAAGAACAUAGUCUUCUACAAAGCACCAACUAAUCCAGAGUUCUAUAACGAGGUAGUAAGAUAUAUUGGGAAAAACGCAUUUACUGGUAAUACUGAUAUAAAUAUUUCAAAUGUUCGAACAAUAUAUAGCAAAUUAGAUGGGUUGGCUUUAGAGAGAAUAAUGGGUACUAAAAGAGCUGCAGUAUUAACUCAUGGUCAAAAUGAGACGUAUGAAUUUAAAUAA